AUGCUAAGUACCGCCUCGCCAUUGGGCGGGGAGGCGGCAGGCGGGAUGGGACCGGGCGGACUCCGGCGCUGGCUGUCCUCGCGUACCCCGGCCCCGAGGAUCUGCGUGGUGGGCAGCGGCCCCGCGGGGUUCUACACGGCUCAGCACAUCCUGAAGCACCAUGACCUGGCACAAGUGGACAUCUAUGAGAAGCUGCCUGUUCCAUUUGGGCUCGUCCGUUUUGGAGUGGCACCGGAUCACCCUGAAGUGAAGAAUGUGAUCAACGCGUUCACGCAGACUGCGCGUUCGGAGCGCUGCGCCUACUAUGGCAAUGUCACCGUGGGCAGGGACGUCACGGUGGGAGAGCUGCAGCAGGCGUACCAUGCCGUGGUGCUGAGUUACGGCGCUGAAGACAACCGGGUUUUGGGGAUCCCAGGGGAAAACCUGUGUGGGGUUUACUCAGCCCGAGCCUUUGUGGGCUGGUACAACGGACUGCCUGAGAACCGGGGUCUGACGCCUGACCUAAGCUGUGAAACAGCGCUGAUCCUGGGCCAUGGCAACGUGGCUCUGGAUGUCGCCCGCAUCCUCCUUUCUCCGCUGGAUUUCCUCAGGAAGACAGACAUCACUGAGUGCUCCUUGGCAGCUCUAGCCUGCAGCAAGGUGAAGCGCGUGUGGCUGGCUGGGAGAAGGGGGCCUCUCCAAGUUGCUUUCACUAUCAAGGAGCUGCGGGAGAUGAUAAAUCUGCCUGGUACCCAACCUGUCCUGAACCCCGCUGACUUCACAGGCCUCGAAAAUGCUGUUAAAGAUGCCCCCAGGCCCAGGAAACGACUGACUGAGCUGAUGAUCAAAACGGCCCUGGAGAAGCCCAGGGAGAAGGCAGCAGUCCCCCGGCAGUGGGGCUUGAAGUUCCAGCGUAGCCCCCAGGAGGUGCUGCCCACCGCCGAUGGGACGCGGGUGAGGGGCGUCCGCAUGGCCCUGACCCGCUUGGAGGGCUUAGGUGACUCUGCCAAAGCUGUCCCCACUGGAGACAUGGAGGAGCUGGAGUGCGGGCUGGUGCUCAGCAGCAUUGGCUACCGGAGCCUGCCCCUGGAGCCAGCGGUGCCUUUCGACGCCCAGCACGGCAUUAUCCCCAACAGCCUGGGCAGAGUGAGGGGUGUUCCAGGUCUGUACUGCAGUGGGUGGGUGAAGAGAGGACCUGUGGGAGUGAUCAUCACCACCAUGAAUGACAGCUUUGACACUGCCCAGUCUGUGCUGGAGGAUCUCCAAGGGGGUGUGCUGGAUGUGACCGUCUCCAGAGAAGGUUUUGGGGCUGUGGGUAGCAUCCUGCGUAGUCGAGGGAUCCGUCCUGUUUCCUUCUCGGACUGGGAGAAGAUAGAUGCUGCCGAGGUGGCAAGAGGGAAAGCUGCUGGCAAACCCCGGGAGAAGAUAGUAGAUCCUCAGGAGAUGCUGCAGCUGAUCGGCCACUGAAGCUGCAGGGAUGGCCCACGCAGAACUGUCAGGGGCAGCACCAGGCUGGUUGCCGACCUGGGAACGAACGUGGCACUGGGGACCUGCUGGUAACAAUGAACUCUGCCUUCCCUGAGUGAGUGACUCAGAACGGCUGGGGCUGUGGGCUGGCCCCACAUCUCUGCUCCAGCUGUAGCUCCUGGGGGUGAUUCGUGUUGCCUGGGUGCUUCUGGCAUUGGCAGAUUGGUCAGAGCAGUGAGAUGUGUGCUUGGCAGGAACCUUGGCCUCACGCUGCACCCAUGGCAAGAAGCACAGAGAAACUUUCUUGUGUCUCACUGCCUCCCCUUCAAGCCUCAAGCCUUCAUUGCCUCGUCAUUCAUGUGUAAGCAGGCUUUUUUUUUUUUUUUUUUUUUUUAAUAAUAAUUGUUUUAAAAUAAACCUUUCCAGGAGAGAUGAUUUGGACCUGCCA